UCCAACCGUCUAGGUCCACGCCAUCGCCGCCCGAGCUUGACGUCGGCGGCGGCAGCCAGUUCGAGGGCACCUCGCCGGCCCUGCGAUGGGGGCCGCUCCCGUUCGGUGCGACGGCGGCGCCGAACGAAGAAGAGAUCCGCGAGAUGAUCACCUCCGGCUCCAUGGCCGCCGCUGCGAGCCCGGGGUUCUUCAUGGCCGCCGCCGCUGCGUGCCCGGGGUUCUUCACGCAAGAGGAGGCGAGGGCGACGGUAGCUAUGGCGGCGCGCAACGAGCAUCGGGAGGAUGUUGCCGACGGAAGCCAAGCCGUCGAAGAAGAAGACGAGGAAGAAGAAGAGCCAACACAAGCCGCCGCCAACUUGUCGAAGGGGAAGAAGAAGAGGAAGAAGGACUCGCCGCCUGCCGAACCGCGUAUCAAAUGGACGCCGAAGGAAGAGGAGUGCCUCGCCGGAGCUUGGAUGACCGUGUCCACGAACGGCAUAAUUGGGGCCAAUCAGUCCUUCGACACAUACUGGCUUCGAGUGAGGCAGGCGUACGAGGAACGCAAACUCGUCGAUCCCUACUUCAACAAGACGAACAUGAACGUGUACCGGGGAGACAAGGCAAUGGCCACCCAUUGGGGGAUCAUGCAGACGGCGUGCAACAAAUGGCACGGCAUAUAGGAGGAGGUCGACAAACGGCCGAUCAGCGGCCAGGACUUGGAGCAAAAGCUGCGCCGAGCUUUGGACAUGUACACGGACGACACCGGCCUGCAGUUCAAGUUCCUCAACGUCUACGCCCGCCUCGAGAACUGCGAGAAGUGGAAGGAAACUCACACGACCCUCUCGAAGAGCAAGACCGAGCAGUACAACCCCGACGCUCCGGCGGCUUGCGCGGCGGAAGGGCGCCCUGAAC